AUGCUCCAUCACUUGGUCACCAGUGGCAGGGCACUUGGCGUCUCCUCCAACGUAUCCAGGUUAAGUUGCUUCCAUAAAGUAGCACGUGGGCUGUCACAUCUGCAGGUUGGCGACUGCGCUGAGAUCUCCAGGACCUUCACUCAGAAUGACGUUAAGCUCUUCUCUGAACUGACUGGUGACACUAACCCUCUGCAUCUGGAUGAGGCCUUUGCUAAAAACACAAGAUUUGGAAAACCCGUCAUACAUGGGGUACUUCUCAACGGCCUGGUGUCCGCAGUGUUGGGUACAAAGCUGCCAGGGGGUGGCUGUGUGCUGCUCUCUCAGGACAUUCGCUUCCCAGCACCUCUGCAUGCUGGAGAAGAGGUCGUAGCAAGAGCGCAAGUGACUGCAUUAAAGAGAUCGUUGGCCUUCAUCAGUGUAUCAUGUAUAACCGCUGAAAGCGGCCGGACCGUCAUGGAAGGGAUAGUUAAAGUGCUGAUUCCUGGCGAGUGACCUUAUGACAUUUUUUAAAGGGGUUGUGCAGGCUACAGAUAUUAAAGGGCAUCUGUCAACUGACCUGUUACAUGUGCGCUCGGCAGCUGAAGGCAUCUGUGUUGGUCCCAUGUUCAUAUGUGUCCGCAUGGC